AUGUUCAAAACUUUAGUAGCAAUUACCGCAGGAUUACUUGCAAUAUCAACAGGAAUCCUAUGGCAUCGAACAUAUGGUUCUGUGUCUGACAAGAUUGAAGGAUGGUCCUCAAAAGUCUUUCCGACUGCUUGUCAAUGUAUUUAUCUGUUGCUAGACAUUUUUAACCCGUUGCUCGGAAUUCCACAGUAUAAGAUAUUUCGACUUCUUCCAGACAAGGAUUGGUUUGGUAUGAAAAGAGCUAUGUGGAAGAAUGAAUUAUUGAUAGAAGACAGUACUAUAGCAGGCGUGCCUGUGACAACGUUUCUAUCUCAUAAUAUACCAUCACCGUCUCCUGGAAUAAUCUUUUUUCACACAGGUGGGAUGGUUAUGGGAAGCAAUAAUGCUGGAUCGUCGUUGACAUUAUGUUCUCACCUAGCCAAUAAAACCAAAGCUAUUGUUAUAUCAGUUGGUUAUCGCUUGGCACCAGAGAAUGUUUACCCUGCCUCCUUUGAUGAUGCUUGGAAUGUGGUGUCAACAAUUUUAUCUGAGCCAUUAAAAUACAAUAUAAAUGGUAGUAGAAUUGCUCUUAUGGGCGAGAGUGCUGGUGGACUGUUGGCUCAAUCUGUUUCGUUGAAACUUGCCAAUCAUCCUCAAAUACCAAACCGAAUUGCAGCCCAAGUUUUGCUUUAUCCUUGGUUUCAACUGAUUGAUGUGUUUUGUUUACCAUCAUAUAAAUUAUAUAGUGAAGGUUUUACUAAUUCUGAUAGAAUAUUAGCAUACGGUGCUUCAGCACUUACUAUGGGCAAUGAUGAAAUGGUACCAAUGUAUAUCUCUGGUAAUGUAUCAAAGUACUUUAUGCAAACAAAGUAUUGGAAAUAUCUUGCUCCAUUAUCAAAAUGUAAACUUAACCCAACUAAAGAUAAAAUCACUUUACCCAAGAUUUUCAUUGAAAAAGUCACAGAUCAAUAUCUUUCACCACUUCUUGCUGAUGAUCUAAGCUCAACUCCACCAACACUUCUUGGAAUUGCAGAGUAUGAUAUUCUGGAGAGUGAAUGCAGCCUGAUGUCACAAAGACUAAAAGAAGCUGGUGUAAAUAUCAUUACAAAGCGUUAUAAAACAUAUCAUGGUUUUGUGAUGACUUUAGGCAUACCUAUGUCAAACAAAACAUUGGCAAAAUUAGCUCUUAAUGACACUGCUGUAUUUUUAAAUACCACUUGGUAA